AUGUGUCGGGGAAAAAACAAGGUCCAGUCUUCGGGCGCCGGGGGUAACGAGAACGAGAGCGAGGAUGAUGACAGUGAGAGAGGGAGAGAGGGAGAGAGUGAGAGAGGGAGUGAUACGGACGGAACUGGUGUGGACGGGAGAGAAAAGUCAACUUUGCGAGCGUUCAGCUCUUGUCGCUUAUUUUUGCACCUCCAAACACGAAACCAGGGUCCCUGCGCGCAUCCGAGGGGCGAGGGCGAGAACAAACGAACGAGGCGACCUCAAGAUACCUCUUACGAUCAAAGUGCGUGCUGGGCCACCCCUCGGCCCUUUUCCAGCUCCAACCUAGUUCCCUCGCACGUAUUCUCCAGCCCACCGCUUUCCAGUCUUGACACGCCACCCGCCGAGCCCCGCUACUGUAAAUGGAUGGAGCCGGCGGUCGAUGAAACUGUCCACCAGCCAUCCCCAUCGCCUGGCUGCGACGACUAUGCUCAUGGUGAGGGGGCAAACCCCGCCACUACCAUUACUACUAUUGACAACACCACUGCUACUACCUCCAACACUGCUGCUGCCGCCGCCGCCGCCGCCGCCGCCGUCGGCGCUGAGACUGCGGAUGCGGCCGGUCCUUCUGGCCGCCCAGAACGCAACAGUGUAGUGCCACCAUACUGGCGGAAACACGAUCGCAAUCCUAGUCGGGUGAGCUCCUACUCGACCAGCGACAACGGUCAUCCGACGCCUAUUGGUCUUGAGGACCAUACGGACGAAGGCUCCGACCAGUGCAAGGUGCUGUGGGCCAAGAGCGUAACCAUUGAUGAUUACGUGGUGGUCAGUGGGACCGCGCCUGGGCUGGGUGCCUAUGUGGUUUGGAAUUGCACGGUAGAGACGCUCGAUGGUGGACCCAUGAAGAUACGGAAAAGGUGGGUUGAACAAGGCUUUUGA